AUGGACAGAAAGGGAAAAGAUAAAAGAUGCAUAGGGAAAGAUAUAAUCAACAGUCUCUUCCGCUAUGCAACGACAUUAAAUGUUAAUGAUCGCUUGGAGCAGCCUAUAGCGACGUCAUUACUGAUUCACGAGUACCAUCAUUAACAAUGUACGGAACAUUUACGUUUCUUCCGAGAACUCUAUAAUUUCAGCGUGUUACGGAGCAUGGCAGAGGAGUAAGCACUUCAAAUAAAAACAUCUGCGAAGUAACUCGGGAUUAUGGAUAUACUGCCAUUGAAUUUUCGAGUUUUAUGGUUCUGCGGCGCAUGGAACGAGCGAAGCAGUAGCAAUACUUUUAUUCGCUUCUUAUGUUCCUGUUACAGAUACGCCGUGUUCAUCUUGAUAUAUCAAUUUACGAUAUCGGAAGUUAUUGAGCUAAUAAGGACGCGUGAUCAUAUCGAGGAACUUACUGAAGGACUCUUCCUAACGCUAACUUACGUAGCCUUGUGCUUUAAAUACGGAAACUUUUUAGCUCGACAAAAUCAAGUGUCCAUGUUGUUAGAUUGUUUUCGCGGUGAAACGUGUCAACCGAAAAAUUCCGAAGAAAAGAUGAUCCUGUCUAGAUACAAUCGUAAAGCCAAAUGGUGCGCCCGAGCCUUCAUGAGUAUGUCUCAAGCGACCUGCGUAGCUCUGAUACUUGCUCCCAUCGUAGGCCCUCAAGACACCGACCGACCUUUGCCAUUCAAGACGUACUUGCCGUACUCGAUAUCCGGUCUUUUCCCCUAUGUUGCGACAUACCUUCAGCACGUAGGUGCUAUAUUUUACGGGGUUCUGCUCAACGUCGCGUUCGACUCUCUCGUCUACGGCUUCACUCUUCACGUAUGCGGGCAAAUCGAGUUGCUGCGUCAUCGUCUGUCAGAGAUCUUCAGGAACUAUCCCGACACGGAACGAACCGUUUCCAGCAAAGAUGCGAUGAUUGGCGAGUGUGUGAAACACCACUUACACGUGCACGAGAUCGUGCGCAGAAUACAGUCGUUGUUUGUGUGGACCGUGACGGUUUUAUUCAUUUUCAGCAUGGUCACCCUGUGCACCAGUAUUUUCCAAAUGUCCAAGAAGAAACUUCUCAGCGUUAAAUUUCUCUCGUUGAUCUUGUACCUCGGAUGUAUGCUCUUUCAAGUAUUCUUUUACUGCUGGUAUGGAAAUGAGCUAGAGUUGAAGAGUAAGAGCAUUGGCGACGCUAUUUAUUCGAGCAAUUGGACGAUCGCUACAUCGCGAGAGCGAAGAGCUUUGUUAUUCGUGAUGACUAUCAGUCAAAAGGGAUUGAAACUGUCUUAUUAUGGCAUUUUCAGCUUGACUCUCGAUACCUUUACCUGGAUUCUGAAAACAUCCUAUUCAGCUUUUAAUGUUCUCCAACAAGCAUCGAUGUGACUAAAUUACAAUCAUAGAAGAAACGACCUAUUGUUGUACAAAACUGCAAAAUUAAAUUGCAAAAUAGACAAUAUUGUUGUACAAAAUUAUUUAUUUUCUUUAAAUAUUCAUGUUUCUCGGGCACACAUAAAAACUAUUUGAAUACGAAUCUUUUCUACGUUAAUAAUCUUUAUUCACAUCAAGCAAUAUUUUACAUGAAUCGUCUACGUGUACUAAAAUAGCUAUAUAUCUUUUCAUCGUA